GCUAGUAUAUUAACAAUGGAGCAUCUUGAGAGAAGUGUGGUCAGGUUUAAACUUAAAGGAAAAUCACAUUAGUUUGGCCUUCAACCAUAAAAUGUUCACAUUAAUUAAUAUUCACAUUAAAUGAAGUAAAUACACUAUUAUUUUCUCUUUCUUUUAACUGAAGUCAGAUAUCUUACUUUUGAAAGAAAGGUUCCAGAUACUUAUCUUACCAUUUCUUCUGUCUGCUGUUCUUGCUGUUACUAAAAUAAUAUACUUCAACUCUUGACUCCUAACAUUCUUACUAGUCAUGCCCCCUUAUUGAUAAGUUUUUUCCUUUACCCUGUAAGCUUCCCUAUUAAACCUUCUACAAUGUACUUGUUGGCCUGGGGAAGAACUUGUAAGGUAGCUAUCCAUUCAAAUCUUAUGUAAGAUUUUUCUUAAAACAAACAUCUGCUUCUAACACCUGCCAUAGAACCAGUUUUUACCCAAAUUUGACAACUCUUCACUACUCUGUAUUUAGCUCCAAGACACUUCUAUAUUUCAUAAUUGUUUCUAUUAUACCAAAUUGACUCUGUUGGGUUUUGUUAUAUUUCAGACAGAUCCCCGGGGAGCAUAUCAGUAGAGCUAUCAAAUUCUACUAGUUCUCUAGCUUGAUUUUUAGUCACUGGUCUACUGACUUUACACGUUAAUCAAUCAAUAAGUUUUUAAAAAAUAAUAUUCAAUUUUAAAUUGUAUUUUCAGUUCCAAAUUCUAUCUUUGCCACUUCUGUAUCCCCCACCUACUGAGAAGGUAAGAAAAACAAAACCAUUACAAAUAUGCACAACCAAGCAAAACAAAUCACCGAAUUAGCCACGUCCGAAAAAAAAUUUUCAAGAAAAAAAUAGGAAAUGCUCUUCAAUCUGCACCCAGCCGGAUAGCAAGUUUAAUCACAAGUCCUAAGAAAAAAACGCGGCUCCAUCCCAGAGGUAGCCACAUUCUAAAGGGAGAGACAUCAAUAGGGGCAAAAAGUGGUUCCUUAGUCCUAAAGUUUUUCUAAAUCACAGAGCUGCCCGAAACCCCACUUUCAGAAACAGCGGUCCAAGUGUGAAUGAAAAAUGCCUUUCAGGGAGACUGGAGAGAGGUUAUAGGAGGGCGUCAACGUUAAGGACUUCCUGCCCUCCAGACAUAUUCUUUUUCCCUAACGAGAAACCGGGGGCCUCCAGGGGAUAACGAAUAGAGCCCCACAGCUGCCAGCUCUAGGCGGGGCCACACAACCUGCAAGUUGGGGCGGCCGUUGUGGUUCACCCCCGCCCCCAUCACUGGAAAUUAACAAAACCGCAGACUCUUCUCCUGCCAACCUCCCUACUUCGACCCCAGCUGUUUUGCAUCUCCGCCCCUCCUGGUUGGCCCAGAUGAUAUCUGGCGAAUUUCUUUUGAAGGCAUGUGCACAUGUCUCAUUUCCGUCUGGUUCUGAAUAAUUCUACUCCUGUUCUGAACAGACAUAAUACCAAUGUCCCGGCCUGGUACCGGGCGAGAGAAGUAGAAACCAGUGGGACCUACGGCAGCGUACUCCGGAGUCCCCGGGGAUUGAGGGCGGGGCCAAGAAGUCGGGGCAGGGCCCAGCAAUGGGGAUGGGAAGAGUAGAAAAGUGCGUUCGGGGGCGGGGCCAAGCGUUGGCGGGGUGGGGCCAGUCCCCGGGCCUCUUUUAGGAGUAGCGGCGUAGAGCGUUCGUGCGUCUCCUUUGGGUUCAGGCUCGCGCUGCUUCCGGGUGAUGGGGGAGUCGGGAAGGCCGGCUGCAGCCGGGCCCCUGCUGGAUGAGGUAAACGCUGUCUCCGGCCCGCCUACCUCUCUCUCUGCCCCGGGGGUAGGAAGGGAGUGCUUCCUGGCUUCUCUUGGGCUCGGGCCUUUUCGUUUCUCCCUGGCCUAAGCCUCUUUGUUCUUCCCCGGUCUUCCCGCAUCAGCUGGGGCCUUUUUGAAGCGAGGAGGAGACGCUGGAAAAAUGUCAUCCGCCUCCUUCUCCCUGUGCGUCCCUCGAGUCUCCUUUACCGGGUUGUCAUCUUGGGAACUUGAAGCCUUGGACCCCGAAACUGCAAGGACAGAAAUGACCUUCCUCUCCUGGAGAAGGAACAUUUUGACCCAUUAAGCUCUUUAAAUGCCGACCCUGGGAUGAAGUGGUGGCGGCUGGAGGGAGCCUCGGAUUCAGGAAGAUCCCAGGGAGUGGGGGGGGCGGGGAGCGGUGGUGCUUGUUCCUUCGGCCUAUGUGACCCCGGGCAAGGCAUGCAGCCGAUCCUCCUCUGCCACUUCCAGACUCUGGGGAACUUUGGGCAAAUCACUUAGCUCCUCAGCCCCCGCAGGCCUGAUUUGGAGUCAAUUCCACAAAUGUGAUGGUGAUCUAAGCUUGCAUCUCUGCUUUAGUAAAGGAAAUCUUACUGGGAGAACCUCCCAUGGUAGCCCUAGCCAGUUGUUGCCUUCUGGGCAUGCAAAGGCAUAAAUAAACAGGCCCUGCCCACUGAGGAGUUUCUAGUUUGGAUGGGUUUGUUUUUGAAGCUGGGAUGGGAGAACCUUUCUCCUCCAAUUGAAUAACAUUCCUCCCCCUUUCCUCCAAUUAGAACACUCUCCCAUUCCCUCACAAGAAAAAAGAAAGAAAAAAAAAACUUAACAAAUUUACACAAACGGAACAAAUUCUCAUAUUGGCUAUGUCCCCAAACUUGCAUCUCAUUCUACUUUUUCUGUCUGUCACUUCUGACAGGAGAGAUUAUCACCAGAUACUGCUGAAAAUGGGUUGAAACCAAGCGAAGAACCACUUCUCAGAAAAAGUUCUCGUCGAUUUGUCAUAUUUCCAAUUCAGUAUCCUGACAUUUGGAAGAUGUAUAAACAGGCUCAGGCAUCCUUCUGGACUGCUGAAGAGGUUGAUUUAUCAAAAGAUCUUCCUCAUUGGAACAAACUGAAAUCAGAUGAGAAAUAUUUCAUCUCUCACAUCUUGGCUUUUUUUGCAGCCAGUGAUGGAAUAGUCAAUGAAAAUUUGGUGGAACGCUUUAGUCAGGAGGUUCAGAUUCCAGAGGCUCGCUGUUUCUAUGGUUUUCAAAUUCUAAUUGAAAACAUUCAUUCAGAGAUGUAUAGUUUGCUAAUAGAUACCUACAUCAAGGACCCCCAAAAAAGGGAAUUUUUAUUCAAUGCAAUUGAAACAAUGCCAUGUGUUAAGAGGAAAGCAGAUUGGGCCUUGCGAUGGAUAGCAGAUAGAAAAUCCACAUUUGGAGAAAGAGUGGUUGCUUUUGCUGCUGUAGAAGGGAUUUUCUUCUCGGGUUCUUUUGCUGCUAUAUUCUGGCUUAAGAAGAGAGGUCUUAUGCCUGGACUCACUUUUUCCAAUGAACUCAUCAGCAGAGAUGAGGGUCUUCAUUGUGACUUUGCUUGUUUGAUGUUUCAUUACUUAGUGAAUAAGCCUUCAGAAGAAAGAGUCAAGGAGAUCAUCACCCAUGCUGUUGAAAUAGAACAGGAAUUUUUAACUGAUGCCUUACCAGUUGGCCUUAUUGGCAUUAAUUGCACUUUGAUGAAACAGUACAUUGAGUUUGUAGCAGACAGAUUACUUGUGGAGCUUGGAUUCUCGAAGAUUUUUCAUUCAGAUAAUCCCUUUGAUUUCAUGGAAAAUAUUUCUCUGGAAGGGAAAACAAAUUUUUUUGAAAAAAGGGUCUCAGAAUAUCAGCGUUUUGCAGUUAUGGCAGAAACAACAGACAAUGUCUUCACCUUGGAUGCAGAUUUUUAAUCCAGUUUUCUAGAUGCUCCUUCUGUUGGUGGUAACGGCAAAGCGAAGUUAACCAUGAUCCAUCUAGCAUCAAGACAGGGGAUAUAUCAUCUUUUAUUUCUUCUCAUGAGUACUUUUUAAUUAUCUGAAAAAACAAGUUGCAUUUUGUCUGUAUUUGCAACUUUCAGAAUUUGUUUUCAGACAAAAUUCUUGAUCUCUUGGUUUCUUAGGGGUCAUCUGUAAAACUGAUUUGUACUAGAUUAGGGAAAUUACUUAGCUGUUAUUAGAAAGUAGAAUUCAUUCUUAGUUUUAUUAAAAAUGUUGAAAGUGUUAAUUUUAUUAAAUGAAGAAAAACUUUCUGCAUCAGGUAUGUUUUUUCUGUUUAAUUUAUAGAGAUGGUUCUUUGUAUUUGUGGGACAGUUUGUAUCAUUUUAUGUCAAAUGUUUUGAGAUCUGACUUUGUUUUGUCUUGUUCCAUAGUUAAACUUAAGCAACAUAUAUAUUUCUAGAAUAAUAUUUUUAGUUUCUUCAGCAAAAAUUUCAAGGGCACAUAUCUCUAAGAUGAGAUUUAAUUUUAACCAGAAAUAGUUUGCAUGACUUCAAAAUGAAGGAAGGAAAAGUUCUAAGUAUUGAAUUCGAUUCUUCUAUUAUGUUGAUGAAUGCCUUAAUGUCAACCUUAUUUAUUUAUAGCAGCAAUAAACUACCAACAAGAGGGCAGGGAAAUCUCAUGCCGAUUUUUAAUAUAUUGGCUUUACAAUGAGAAGCAUUCUGUACUCCCUCUUCAGUACUCCACUUUGCAUAUAUAUUUCAUUAUAUUCAUGUCAUUUUAUUCUCAGUUCUUAAGGAACUUAAAUUCUACAACUUUCUGGAGUUAAAAAAAGUUUAUUUGUAAUUUACAAUUUGUUAUAGUUUAAUCAUUUUAAAUUAUGGUUAUGGUUAAAACACAUUUUAAUGUUUGAUCCUAUAAAAUCUAGAAUUAUGGAAAUGGGAGUUCUGCUUCAGGGAAAGAUUUUGUUAUGUUUAUAAAAUAAAAAGAAUUUAAAAUAACUUCCUACAAUGUAAGAACCAAUUCAGUCGUGACCUAAUGUUAUGAGGUUUUUGCUGUUCUCAUUUAAUGAUGUCUAAUUCUUAAUGUUUUGUACCCCUUUCACUUUUAUUAGAGAAAUAUCCAUUGCUAAGAAAAUGGCAGUUCACAUACUGAAAAAAAUUAAUAAUAAUCAGAAUUUAGGAUUUUGUAGUAUGACAUUACUGUCAUAGCAUUUUGAAAUUUCAGUUGUAUAAUUUUAGGCUAAAUGCCAAUCACUAAUUUUUUUAAUACUGCUAAUGGGAUGUACAACUUGCUACCACAUGGUCAUCAGUUUUCAUGCAAGCCAAAUUAUCAGUAUAGCUGCUAUGCCAUAAGUGUUUUAAUUAAGAAGAGUAAAUUGGUGCCAGACUCAGGGACUCACACCAAAGCUGGCUGCCUUUCUUAUAGGGUUAUCCAGGACCAACUGAUUGAUUCCCAAACAGGAACAGUAAUAUAUCUUGUUCUUCUAACCCUUUAAAAAAAUAAGUAUAUAUAAAUUGUCUAUAGAUUUAAAGAAAGAAGGCAGGAUUACUAAAGUCGUUACUAUACUUGCUUUAGGAAAAGAGAGUUUCAACUUUAGUCCUAUUGAUUUAAUCCUCUUUAAAGAAAAAUGUAUAUUCAAAUGCUGUGAAAUAUGUUGGUAGAUUUUCUUAAAUAAAACUAGCAAUUUUAGAAUUUUUAUUUAAAUUGAUGAAGCUAAUUUAUGCUUUUGACUCUAUUUCAUAUAAAACUCUGUUUUUAAUAAUAUCUGAGUUCAAUCAUUUCACAGUAUUUAGAGAGUACUUCUUGUGUACAGAGAAUACUCUAUUGUGUACCUAAAACCCAUGUUUUAUUUUGUCUUUAUAUAAAAUAUUUUGUAUUAGAUCAGUCCAACUAUUUAUGUCCAUAAUUAAAGUUUUCCAAAGAAUAUGUUAUGCUUUUUGGUCUGAUUAUUGUAUAAUUUAACAUGAUUGAAAUAAACUAUCAUAGCAACCUCA